AAAUUAAGGGUAGAUAUUUCUCAUUCCGCAUUUUAAGUGCACAAACAAAAACAGCUUGUACUGUUAAACAAAAUCAAUCCAGAACAGCCAAAAACAUUGAGGAUCUGAAAAUACAAGAAACAGAAAAAUAAGGAAGAAGGUGUCAAUUGAUGCGAGAAAUAAGGAUUGCGAAAUGCAGAAUAAGGCCUUGAACAGGAAGGGGGGAGGGGGAGGGGGAACAGAACCCAGAGACGAGCAGAGAAGGAAGAGAUGGAGAAUGUUGUCGUUACUGCUAAGACUUCAUCUCCUUCAGAUGAUGAUAUCUCUCCACCUCCUCCUAUCUCUUUUCUUCCUCCGCCUCCGCCUAAAAAGGCACCUGGAGGAUGGAGAUCUGUAAAAUACAUUCUUGGGAACGAGUCAUUCGAGAAAUUGGCUUCCAUGGGUCUUAUAGCCAAUUUAACAGUGUAUCUACAAACAAGAUACAACAUGGAUGGUAUUCAAUUAGUUAAUGUGUACAAUAUUUGGUCUGGUUCCACCAAUGUCACACCCUUGCUUGGUGCUUUCUUAUCUGAUGCUUAUCUGGGAAGGUUCCGCACCCUUCUCUUCGGCUCCAUGUCCUCUUUCCUGGGCAUGGUGGUCCUGGCCCUAACUGCAGGCAUGCCAAAGUUAAGACCCCUCGACUGCCCUGGAGUAUCCAAUUGCCAAAAACCUCAGGAUUGGCAGCUUGGAGUCCUCUAUUCGGGCCUUGGGUUGCUUGCCGUUGGAGCGGGAGGUGUUAGGCCCUGCAACAUUGCCUUUGGAGCUGAUCAGUUCGACACCAGAACUGAAAAAGGACGAGCCCAGCUUGAGAGCUUCUUCAACUGGUGGUAUUUCUCUUUCACAGUGGCUCUCGUGAUAGCUCUCACUGCAGUGGUCUACGUUCAGACUAAUGUUAGCUGGGUUAUAGGUUAUGCCAUACCAGCUGCCUGCCUCUUCUCGUCUAUUAUCAUUUUCUUGAUUGGCAAACACACUUAUAUAAUCACAAAGUCCCAAGGAACCGUUUUUGUCGAUAUUGCCAAAGUGAUUGUAGCUGCCCGUAAGAAGCGUGCAGUGAGUCUUGAAUCAUCUUCUGGGCAUCCCCUCUAUGAUCCUCCCUUGACUGAGUCAGAUCAGCGUGUAGCAAAGCUUGCUCACACUGAUAUGUUCAAAUUCUUUGACAAGGCUGCUCUAAUUACUGAUCCAAGCGAAUUGGAUGACAAAGGCUUGCCCAAGAAUUCUUGGAGAUUAUGUAGUGUUCAACAAGUUGAACAGCUGAAACUAAUAGUAGGACUUGUGCCAGUUUGGUUUACAGGAAUCGGUUGCUUCAUUACAAUGGACCAAAUGAAUACUUUUGGCUUGAUGCAAGCAAUUCAGUCGAACAACGAAGUCCACAAUUUUAAAAUUCCACCUGGUUGGAUGGGCCUUAUUUCGAUGAUUUGCCUUUCAAUAUGGAUAUUCAUUUACGAGCAAAUUUACCUGCCUCAGGCAAGGAAAAGGUCAAAAAAGAAUAUUAGAUUUACAACGAGACACAGAAUCAACACUGGUAUUGUAAUGGCAAUCCUAUGCAUGGUGGUGGCUGCAAUUGUUGAAAAGAGCCGCCGGGACGCAGCUUUGAAACAGGGAACCUUAGUGUCACCUCAAAGUAUUCUGCUGCUGCUGCCACAGUUUGCCUUAUCGGGUCUGAACGAAGCAUUUGCUGCUGUUGCUAUUAUGGAAUACUACACCAACCAUUUGCCAGAAACCAUGAGGACUCUUUCUGGGGCAAUCUUCUUUCUCAGCUUCUCUGCAUCCAGCUACUUGAACACGGCUAUUAUCAACCUAGUCCACCUCGUGACUUCAAACAAUGGGAAAGAAUCUCCAUGGUUGGGUGGCCGUGACCUCAAUAAAGUUAAACUCGACUACUUCUACUACCUUAUUGCUAGUUUAGCAGCAUUAAAUCUCCUGUAUUUCAAUCUCUUUUCAUGCCGCUAUUUGGAAAAGCAAGUUGACAAAAGAUCUGAAUCAAGGCAUGAAGAGAUGAAUGAAGCCGCUUAACGACUCAAAAACUUAAUGAUUUGCGGGAAAGUCUCUAUUCCUUCCUGGGUAUCAUGCACCUAGCUCUAGCUCACCAGCGUCUUGUGCUAUAAACAUCUAUGGUGUGCUCUAUUUCCUCGCCUCUGCAAGGGUUUUUUCUUCUUCUUCUUCUAUUUUUUCUUCUUUUUUCUCCUCUUAAGGUGUGAAAUUAGUUUGUAAACGCUCAGAAUUGCUAUCUUUUAUAUGUUGAAGACUUUUGAUGUUGGCGGAA